CACUUUUGCGCAUUAUAGGGCUCCUGUGAGGCGCUGUACCGAUUCUCAGUGGUCUCCACCCAUCCCGCCUGUCUCACCGGCUGUCCCAGCCCAGCUACUCUCAGCCCACGCCCACCGUAUCAAUCAGCACUUGCUUGUUCCCCCGUUCACUUCGUCCUGGCCCACUUCGAGGGUGCUGACUCGUCUGUCAUCCCGUCGGUCGGACGUUUCUGUUCGGCUGAGUGUAGCCUCAGGAAGGAAUGCAGUGGCAGUGGCAGUGAGCUGUGCAUGUAAGCAGUGAUGAGACACAUCGGCUUUUCAAGACAUACGCGACGCACCCGGUGAGACCCCAGACGACUGUCGGCCCUGCAGGCCAUACGUGCGAGAGUUGUUGGCGCGAGAGCCGGGAAGUGUUGUGUCUAUCUAUCUAUCUUAUCUAUUCUAAGCAAGGCUGUCCAGCACAGCAAUGGACACACAGAACGGUACGCAACUCACGACAGACACCGACAGACACACAGGAGCGUCCUGUUGUAUGUGUCAUGCAUGUUGUGGAUCUGAUCGUGUCCUUACUUGCAGUCAGUACGAAGGCCGAGAGCGAGGUUGCCGGUCAGCCUGUGUGCCUGGGAGUGACGGGUGGCAAAGUGGGUGAUGGUGAGGUGGACGACCACGGCCUCCCGACCAAGGAAGGCCACACCCACGACUCAUCCGCACCCGGCAGCAACGCGUCCGCAGACCAAGAUACACCGAACACAGCAGGUGCGGUCGGUGCGCACUCAUUCAUUCAUCUAACUAACCAUCCGUAUGUGGACUGACUCCUGAUGAGAUGACACUCACCAUCACUCUGCCCGUGCUCUGCGUCAGGUGUGGUCACGUGUGGCGACGGCAGCGGCCAGAAGGCAGACGUCGGUGAACCUAUCAAGGCCAGCACCACUGGCGGCGGGGUGGGGGCAGACGGAGCGAGGCUGAGGGGCAAGGAGGACGGCAAAGGAGGCGGCAAGGACGGCAAGGAGGCGGCGAAAGCACCGGACGCGCCAAAGACUCUCGAUACGGACGCAACAAUACAGGUAGUACCCACAUCAGAUCUGGAGAGCUCGCUGCACACGUAUGCGUUGCGUAUGCCCCUCCCUCUGUGUGGGUGGGUGUUAGGCUGGCGUUGUCAAGGCAACCAAGGGUGCUGUAGACAGCUGGGAGGACAUGGUGGACGACUCCCAAGAACACACCAAGUAAGCAGAGCAUAGCACAGCACAGCGUGCCGCCAGAUCACCUUCACCAACCUCCUCUCUCCCUCCUUGCCGCAGCAUUGUCCUGCCGGAGAAGCAUUCGGUGCUUCGCCACGACCCCGAGGAGCCGACGGCGCACACGGCCCCCUCGUCGGCCAAGCAGUCUCACUCCUCACACGAGAUGGCCGGCAGCUGCGGACACGACGAAGACGACGACACAUGGGACGCACCGCCUGUCAAGAGCGUCUCACAGAAGAUGAUGGCCAAGAUACAGGAGGAGCAGGGCGGCCAAGAGAAACACGAACAGGGGGACGCUGAGCAGGUAGCGUACCUGACAGCGAAAGGGGGUGGGGAGAAAAGAACCACGACUGACGAAUGAAUGGGUCUCUCUCUUUCUGUCGGGUGGUGCAGUCGUCAUGGGAGGUGGUCCAGUCCCGCAAGCGCCGCGGCCGCGGCAGCAAGAACGCCCCGAUCCAGGACACAGACUCACACCCGGUCCCCCCGCCUCCCCCACCCACACACCAUCCAGACACCCACACCCACACCAUCACGCAGGACCAGGGUGGGGGCACGGGUCUCGUCGAGGCCCUCGCCGCCCUGCUGGCAAAGACUGAGAGCGAGGAGGACGCCCGCCAGCAGCACCGCGGCAAGCAUCACGGUGUGUCGUCUGGCGGUGGGGGUGGUGUUGGUGCGUCGUUGGGUGGGCGGAAGCAGCUGGGUGGCGCGGCUCCCCCGCCGCCAUUGCUCAAGAGCGGCAUGCGACUCGCGCCUGGCGGCAGAGGGGCCAAGACACCCAAAAACCGUACCUCCGAUGCAGACAGACAGACAGACAGAGAGACUCAUCGAUAGACGGAUGGGUGCUCCUUCCUGGCUGGUUUGUGUUGUCUGUCUGGCAGAGGUGAACGGUGUGGACCCCCAUGACGACCACCAAAUUACCCCGACCCGUAAGAACCAGCUGGUCAAGCGUGGCGCGACCGAGGGCUUCUUCAACGUCAAACUGUCGACCGUCCCGCACACCGACUCGCAGAGCACCGAGGGCGGGCCGUCCGACUGGUCGGUGUCGCUGUCGUCCAACCAGGGCACCAUCGCCGUCCACGAGGGCGAGGCGCUCAUCCAGACCCAGUGCUUCGACAUACUCAGGACGGGCGACGGAUCCAAGACGACCGAGAAGCAACACGACACAGGUGCGAAGUGAGCACGACGACACGCACCAAAUACUUACUGGGGCGCUGGCUGAUGGGGCGUGGCGUGUUGGUCGGUCUGUAUUGUGUGACGUGACGCAGGUGGUGCCCAGGUGACGGCGGGGGGCGAGGCUGACGACGGAUGGGAGGGCGAGCCGGAGGGCCUGGGGACGACUGCACACACACAGAGUGAGGAGAAACCGGCCAAGACGCCGUCCAAGGUACACACCUACAGACGAGCACAUGACACUUCACACACUCACUGAUCUGGUCGUCAGUCAAUGCAUUGCAUGCACAUCGUCUUCGUUCUUUCUUCCCAUAUAUCAGUCCCUCUCGUCCGUCCUGCUCAAGGGCCACACACAGGGCCGCCAAGACACCACCACACAAGAGGAGGAAGACAAGGCCCGCCACCCCGACUGGCGCGUCAGCAAGGGCCCCGACCGCUGGGACAACCAGAGCAACUCUCCUAGUGGCCGAGAUGGCGCCAGGCGCACCGCAGCUGGCGGGGCCGCCAGCACGGGCGCAGGAGGUGGGACCGCACGGUCGCGAGCAGAUAUGGAUGACAACUGGCGCCGAAAGGACUCACGAGACGACAAGUAAGUGACGGAGCUACCUGAUACGGUUGGUUCUUUGUAGGCCAAUCAUGGGGGGGUGUCAUGUGUCAUGAAUGCAGUGAGGUUGAGGCGGCCCCCUGGCGUCGCCCAGGCGGGAUGGGCAGCGGCAUCAUGCGUGAGAGCAGACGUGACGACCGAGACCGCUCCCUCCACCGUGACAGCUUCCAGGCCUACACCAACACUCACACCAACGACCAACACGACAGCAUCGACAUAGACAGACAGGAGGCGGACCUGCUCAUGGACCGCGACACCCGCACCACCCGCGAGAGGCAGCGCGAGAAGGAGGGCUCUUUCCGGGACCCCACUGCUCGUCCCAUCGGCCGCAGCCGCACCGUCGUGUCCGGAGGCGGCAAGCCACUGGUCGCUGUGAGGGGCAUGCGCGACGAUGGCGGACGGGAGGCACCGCGGGACGAGGGCGACCGUGACAUCAACUGGCAUGGUGGGGUCACCAUGUCUGGUCGCGAGCAUCUGUCGGUGUCCUCGCCGCUCGGCCGCGAGGGCGGCGUGGGCAUGGGCAUGGGCAUGGGCAUGCGGCGGUCGUCCCGUGACAGGGACCGCUCGUGGGCCGAUGUGGUGGCCGGGCGGGCGGAGGAGGGGGAGACCGACGAACACGACUACAUCUUCCCCCACGACAAUGGGGGCGACCGACGCGCAUUUCCUCACGAGUAUGGAGACCGUGGCCACCGCCGGCAUGGGCCGUAUGCGGAGCAGGAUCAGCAUGACGGGGAGGAGGAGGGUACUGGUGGUGGUUCGGGCGGGAGUGGCGACAUGCAGACGAUAGACGAGGAGGAGAGCAAGGGGUUCUGGGGGUGGCUCAUGGACAGCGAGUGGGGUGGGGGCGACUGGCCCACAGGCAGCCAUGUCAUGGUCAGUCAGUGAGGGUGGGCAGUCAAGUCAGUCAGUCAGAUCGGGAGAAGAGCCGACUCGUCAUUUAUUUCCCUUGCCUCACUCAUCCCUCGUCCCUGCUCCCUCCCUCCCUCUGUGUGUGUGUUUCCGCCAUCCAUCCAUUAUACUGCAGACGGCACUGAUCAUGGCGCUGCUGUUGCGCAUAGUAUGGGUGAUUUACCGGGUGGUCAUGAAGCACCUGGCGGCCCACCAAGCGGCCACCCAUCCCGUCGACACGCCCGCACCAGGAGCAGCGGUUGGGGGGCCUGCGGGCGGCGGCGGGCUGUCCAUGGCCAUGGCGGUGGGCGAGGUGGCUUCAUCGCCAUCGGCGGUAGAGGUUAGUCCUGAGGGCCUGUUCUUUUGUCCCGCGUGGGACACCGGCUCCACCUCACCCGCAUUCUUCUAGCUAGCCUGUGUGUGCUGCAGGUAAAUGAAGCAGUCAAGUCACCACGCAGACAGAGAAAGGCCAUUUGCCCCUGCGUGUGAAGCAUCGAUGUGUGUCUGUUUUUCCUUGCAGCAGAUUUCUCACGAACCACCUCUCCUCAUCCGCAGUGAUGGCAGCCGCGACAGAUGAGGUGCGUCAAGUGAGGAGUGUGGCGGUGCCUGCCUAGUUGUGUUUGUAAGGUUAGUGGGCCGGCUGGCUGGCUGGCUGGCUGACUGGCCGUCACGAUGGAUGCAUGGCCGACAUACCAUAGCGGGUAGGCAGAUGAGGACCGACGAUCGAUGACGUACUACCUGCAUAGAGAGACAGAGACAGAGACAGAGACAGGGGUGGGUUAGGUGCGGGUGGGUGGGUGGUGAGAUGGUACUCGCUCGAUGCUGCUGCGUUGCGUUGCGUUGCGUUGCGUUGCGUGUGAAUACUCGGAAGCUUCGCGGGGCAGUUGGAUGGCUAGACGUGUGUAUACGUAUGUCAAUUCAUAGCUAUCUAUGCCGCCCCAUGCAUGCGGUCCGGUCCACUUACUCAUCCACCUUUUGCAGACGGAUGGAUGGAUGGAUGUAACUAGACGAGACGACAGAGACAGCCAGCAGACAGAAACGCAUUCAUUCUGUGUCUGUCUGCCCAUUGUCCACCGACUGUAUUACGACCGUCGGGGAUGAAUGGUGGAUCGGAUCAGCAGCUGACUGAUGCCAUGCAUGCCACACUCUGUACAGACAGACAGACAGACAGACAGGACAGACGGGCAGGCUUACCUACCGGUACCUCUCUGCCUGCAACCUGCCUAGCCGCUGCUACCAGACAGACAGACAAGGAUCGGUGGUGUGACCGGUCACUAGUCGUCUCUCGGUCCGGUUCGCUCGGUUGACACGUCGAUCUUGUUGGCGCUCAGCACACCACUCGUCGGCCGGUGUUUUGAGCAGCAACAGCGUCGUGUGUGUUGGCCGAGCCACCGGACGGGCCACUCACUGCAGGUCAGGUGUGUGGCGACCGGUCUGGUCUCUAGCUAGUGUGUGUUGUGUAGAAUUGGAGGAUGAUGGAGUGGCUCAGAUGAACAUUGUGGUUAGCGGCUACCUGCCUUCCUGACGGCUGUCUGUCUAUCUCUUUGUUUCUUUCUCUGAGGGCCUCUUGACGUGAUUGAUAGCUAUGUAGCUAGCUAGCCAGCUAGGAUGGCCGGACUAAUGCCUUAAUUGUGCAAUCAACCAACAAUGACUACUUGAA